CAACAAGGGAAUGGCUGUGUGCAUGGCUGCAUCUGAUACGCAUAAAGUGCAAUGCGAAUGUUUUAUUUAUGCUCAUGUUCUAUUGUUUAUCAGCAAUCUCUACACUGCGGAAUUCGAGCCUCAACACCACAGCAACACAACACCACAACACCACAACACCACAAAAUGUCUAACGAAAUCAUCCUCGACACAUCUAUCUUCGCUGACCUGCGGGGAAAGAACGUUAUCUUCACUGGCGGUGCAAGCGGCAUUGGGCGGGAAGCCGUCAUUAUCUUCGCCAAAGCUGGGGCGAAUGUGACCUUUGGCGAUGUUAAUAAAGUCGAGGGCGAUAAGCUUGCUGCUGAGCUGGGAAGCCACGUGCAAUGUAAACAAACAGACGUUACCAGCUUCCAAGCACUGAAGGACUUGUUUGCAGCGGGUGCUGAGGCACACGGCCCAGCAGACAUUGUAUGUGCUAAUGCAGGUAUUCACGAGAAGGAAGACUGGCUGUCGGAAGAAUAUCUCGAGAAGGAUUGCGCAUGGCCUUCCAUGCAGGUAAACUACGUUGGCGUUCUCAACACCAUUAAGCUCGCUCUUCUCUCCUUUAAGCGCUCUGGGAAAGCAGGUUCCAUCGUGCUUACCGCAUCAGUGUCCGGAUACAUGGACUCGACACCAGUAUGCGCAUACACUGGAACAAAGCACGCCGUGGUAGGGCUUCUCCGUAGCUUCAAAACAGUGGCUCCUGUCUACAACACUCGCAUCAAUCUGAUUGCGCCAUGGAUGACCAACACGCCUUUUGCUGGUGAUACGGCGAUGAAGAUGUGGGGAGAACUGCCCAUGAACUCUCCGGAGGGAUGCGCCAAAGCGAUUGUUUUUGCAGCCAUCAACCCUAAAUUACACGGCUGUGGUAUCUGGGUUGGCGGGAAUCGCUUGUAUGAAGUGGAAGAAGGUUAUAUCCGCACUAGACCGGACUGGCUUGGGCAAGAGAUGUCAGAUAAUUUCCAGAAGGGUUGGGAUCGUCUCUCAGCCCCUUAUGGCAAAAAUGGCGCCUUGAGCACUCUUCACUAGUAUGUAGAUUUUACAAAUGAGC